AGAGAUAAGUCACUGCCCUUAAAGAGAGAGCCGGUCGUUGAUGGCUGUCAAAUUUAGCGUAAAGUAAAAUUUUAAGAUAAGAACUUAGAAACGCCUGCACAAAGCAAAUUGUUAAGUCCAUAAAUAAAAAAUGUUCGUUAUUAAUUAUUUUAUUCUGUGACGAGCAACAAGGUGUGAGUGGUUGAACUACCGUGAUACGCGCGCAUUUAUGGUCGGCCAAUGAAUUGAGCACUCCAGUCAGGGUCAAAAAACGAAAAAGAUAAAUUAUAUCCAGCAUAUUUCGCAUUUGCUUGCGCACAAAUUUGUUAGCAAACGAAAAGUUCAAGUGAAUUUGAAUUCAUAUUUAUAUUUUUGUACUUGUAUUAAAUCCAGUAGAUAAAUAACUUUAGUAAACUGCAAUGGAUUCAUUAACCGUAAUGAAAGUGUGUUGUAUUGGUGCUGGUUACGUUGGUGGCCCAACUUGUGCGGUGAUGGCGCUCAAGUGCCCAGACAUACAAGUCACAGUGGUGGAUCGGAGUUCCGAACGGAUAGCGCAAUGGAAUUCAGAUAAAUUACCAAUUUAUGAGCCGGGAUUAGAUGAAGUCGUAAAAAAAUGCCGUAAUGUCAACCUUUUCUUCUCAACUGAUAUUGAAACUGCCAUCAAAGAAGCAGACCUGAUAUUCAUAUCUGUAAAUACGCCAACAAAAAACUUCGGCAACGGCAAAGGUCGCGCUGCCGAUUUAAAGUACGUGGAAAGUGCUGCCCGUAUGAUCGCCGAGAUCGCACAGUCUAACAAGAUCGUAGUGGAGAAGAGCACAGUACCCGUGCGUGCUGCCGAAAGUAUCAUGCAUAUCUUGCAUGCGAAUCAAAGGCCUGGCAUUCGGUAUGAUAUUCUCUCGAAUCCUGAAUUUCUUGCCGAAGGAACGGCCAUUGAAGAUCUGUUACAUGCCGAUCGUGUGCUAAUUGGAGGUGAGGAAUCAUCCGAGGGUCACAAAGCAGUUGAAAAAUUGUCAUGGAUCUAUGAACAUUGGAUACCGAAAAAGAAUAUACUUACAACGAACACUUGGAGCUCAGAAUUGUCUAAAUUGGCAGCAAAUGCAUUCCUAGCGCAACGUAUAUCGAGCAUAAACUCUUUGUCGGCCGUGUGUGAGGCGACGGGCGCCGAUGUAUCGGAAGUGGCGCGUGCCGUUGGUCUGGAUUCACGUAUUGGCUCGAAGUUCUUGCAAGCGUCAGUGGGAUUCGGUGGUAGUUGCUUCCAGAAGGACAUUUUAAAUUUGGUAUACAUAUGUGAAGGACUAAAUUUGCCCGAGGUUGCGGCGUAUUGGCAGCAAGUGAUUGACAUGAAUGAGUACCAAAAGUCGCGGUUUUCACAAAAGAUCAUCGAGAGCCUGUUCAAUACCGUCUCGGAUAAACGAAUUUCGAUAUUUGGUUUCGCUUUUAAGAAAAAUACUGGCGAUACACGUGAAACACCAGCCAUAACGGUUUGCAAAACAUUACUAGAAGAGGGUGCCAAACUGGACAUUUACGAUCCGAAAGUAGAGCCAGAGCAAAUAAUAGACGAUUUGACACAUCCAUCUGUGACAGAGUCACCGGAAAGUGUCAAGAAGGCAGUGCAAAUACAUAGCGAUCCGUACAGUGCAGUGCGUGGCACGCACGCGAUUGUGCUUUGUACAGAAUGGGACGAGUUUGUGACAUUAGACUACAAACGUAUUUACCAGUCAAUGAUGAAACCAGCUUAUAUAUUCGAUGGCCGUAAAAUUUUGGAUCACGAGUGCUUGCAGCAAAUUGGAUUCCAUGUACAAACUAUAGGAAAACGCUACCAGCGUACAGGUUUAAUGCGUUCCUGGGGAAGCGUGCCGCAAUUGUAGAAACCGGCCAUAUAAACAAAUUAUGGCGUUCCAUAUCGAUUACGAAGUUGUUGAUAAUAAUUUGCAAGGAAUUGGGUGUGAAACUCAUCUCAUACAGAGCUGUUUAGAUAAACGAAAAUGUUUCCAAAAAAACUUUAAAGUAAAGCCUAUAUACAGUAUUUAUUAUUUUGCUGUAACAUUUGUUAUUGUAAAUAUUUACAAACGUGUUCAUACGUAUACGUCUAAACGAUUUUACUUUGUUUUACAUUAAAUAACCAAGUCACAUUAAGCAUAUUAAAAGUGGAAAUGUGUCACCGUUCCAGUCAUACACACUUUUCGACCUGUCUAUGCAUUCAUGCCGCCAUUCGGAACGACGGCCACUAUCUCAUUCCCUACCAAUAGUACUUACAUAUGUACAUCAAUGUAAUUUACUAUGAAUUUAAUUUAGAAAGUAUACAUACCUUUAAAUUUAAGUAUAUCUAUUCAUUGUAUGAGUACACGAACUUUACACGUUUCACUUGAUUUUGCCAAAAUUCGUUCAUGUAUGGAAUUAAUAAUAUUUACACAUGUGUAUACAAUAACUAAAUGAAAAAGGCGAUAUAUAUGUUUUGAAAUAAAAUCGAAAUUAAAACAAGUAAACUAA